GUACGAUUUUCUGGCGGAUACUUGGUCUGUUAGGCAGAAAAUAAUAUUUUAUGUCAAAUUAUGUAUAAUUUUUAAUUUUUCAGCUUGUUAUGAAUGUUUAAAUAUAACAUACGCAUUCCCCUUUUGUAUUUGUUGCGAUUUUUUACUUUUAAUUUUUUAGUUUUAAAAAUUAAAAGUACAUACUGAGAAGGUGACUCUGCAAAAAAUUUGGUUGUAGUGGGGCAUUAAUGCUAAUUUUAUGCAUGCGUGAGGUGACAUGCAAUAAUAGAUUGAAGCCGUAUUGAAUGAACACUGCACUUCACGUGAACUUUUUGUAAGGAAUCAAGUUUAGUCCUUAUAAGGCUGCAUUUGUGAAUGACCAAAACACAAAUUGAAAUACUCACCUUGAAUUUCAUAAAUUCAGGCAUACCCUAAAGAUUUGAGUGGUUUUGUGCGAGAGGAGGCAAUUUGUGUUGAAUUUCAGCCCGAAAAGAUGGAAUUCGUGAGAUACAUAUAUGUGAGAUACAACGGAGUCGUCGAUGGUAUACACUAUGUUGGCGGGGCUACGGAGGUCCUUCCCCUCUUAAAUGAAACAGUUGCGAGCCUGAUAUACAGCAUCAACAAUGUGCUGACAAUGCAUUCGUUGAGCCCGAACUAUCAAUUGUAUUAUUUGGCGACCAAUCGAUUUGGAAGGGAGACGAAAUGCGUAAUAAGUGACGACGAUGAUGUGCAAGGCUUGUUGGAAACUGCCGAAUAUCCCAUGGUGUACGUUGAGCACAACAACGACCCGGUCGAAGAAGCGUACAUCCCUACUUUUGAUUUUGGCCAGGCUUCGGGAUACGGAGAUGAUGAAGCACAAUCUAGUCAGUAUGAGACGUCGUAUCAUGCUCGCGAGAGCGCGCCUCCAACACAGUACUUUUCAUGGGAUGGGCAACUGUUGGACGAAUCCGCAUGGAAUCUGAAUGAAAUGUGCGGGAGAUUCAACCAGGUGCGGACGGAUGACGAUUCUGAUGAAGAAGCCGUACAACCUGAAGACGAAGCCGAAGAACCUGAUGACGAUUCUGAUGAAGAAGACGAAGAAUACGAUCCAACGAACGAGUCGGGCACAGAUUCUGCCGCCUCUGAGGAUUUAUUAGACGAUGAUCUGAUAGAGUUCACGGCGACCGAGCGAGCAGGUUGGAUCCGACAAAGUAGAACCCGUCACGGAAAUCCGACGGACUCGACCGGUGAACUAUCUAAUUGGAUAGUUCCGUUGAUUCCAGUGGACGCCACGACUUCGCUCGUUGCUCGCGAGAGUGAGCUGUCCAGAGUUGCUGAUUUGGGGAAGAACUCUUUUUACAACAGUAAAGAAGAAUUGGUCCUUGCUGUUGGCUUCUGGAAUAUGAAGCAAGGGGCUGAGGCAAAAGUUGUACGCUCAGAGAAUGAUGAGUCAUGGAAGUGGUUCCUCUCAAAUGUGAGACAAACUUUUGGUCAGCCCGACAACUUACUAGUUGUCUCUGAUGCGCAUAACAAAAUUAAGGGCUACGGGCAAGCUGUUGUUGAGCUUUUCCGCCAGGCUGCAUACGCCUACACGGACUCAGAAUUUUCACGUGCAAUGUCGGCUAUGGCUCAAUUGAAGCCGGCGGCGUACGGGAAGUUGAUGCGCACGCCUUCCUAUAUGCUCCAUGCUGGAGGCAAUCAGGAUGGUUCUGGAGCAGUGGUUCAAUGA